AUGGUUGACAUUGAACAAUUAGCAAAUGAUGUGCUAGAAUUUUCUAAAACAAGAGCAAAAGAUAACUAUACAAUUAAUAUCAUCAUUGUUGGUCCUCCAGGUUCUGGCAAAUCUACAAUUGCAGAGAAAUUAUCCGCCAAUUUAAAUAAAAAGUUCAAGGAAUUUAUUCAAAAUAAAGUUAUUGCGUCAAUUGGCCUUGAUACUAACGUGGAUAUUAAUCGAUCUAACGAGUUAAUUGAAGGGUAUUAUACAAGUGGUAUUCCAGAUAUUUCUGAUGAAUUAAGGAAAACAUUGAAUAACAAAGGGUUUGAUGAAAAAUUGGUAGAAAAUGUUAAUUUUAAACCUGUAAAAGAAUGUAUAAUUGCAAAUAAUAAACAACAAGGUUAUAAAAUCAUUGGGCGUGGUGGUAUGGAUAAUUCCAUUGAAAUUCAGCCACAUAAGAUACAAGAUAUUGAGUUGAAUGACAUAAAUAUUUCACAAAUUAUUCCUAUGGAUGGCUUCCAUUUGUCAAGAAAAUGCUUAGAUGAAUUUAAAGAUCCAAACAAUGCACAUCAACGAAGAGGGGCGCCUUCUACUUUCGAUAGCAAUAAUUUCCUUCAAUUAUGUAAACUUUUAUGCAAAACGAGUAAGAUAAAACCUAUAAUCACAGAAAGUAGUACACAAGAGAGUACUAACUUGGAUAAUCCCUUUAGUGCAUUCCUGAAUUCUUUUAAUCAGAAUAUUCCUAAUAUUUUAGUCCCAGGCUUCAAUCAUGCUGAAAAAGAUCCCAAAACUAAUGUUUAUGAUAUUAGUUGUUUCACAAGAAUAAUGAUUGUCGAAGGGUUAUAUCUACUGUAUAACCAAGAAAAUUGGUUGCAUAUUUACAAAUCAUUACUUGAAACUAAUUCAGUUUUAUUUUUUAAUAUCGACCUUGAUGAUGAAAUUCUAGAAGAUCGUGUAGCAAAAAGACAUCUAAACUCAGGUAUUGUAGAUAAUUUGGAGGAUGGUAUCAAAAGGUUCCGCUCUAAUGAUGUUAUUAAUGCUGGUUUAUUAAGAAAGUAUAACGUUCAUGAUGAUAAUAUUAUUCAACUGAAUAAUGACUGA